AUGACAAGUUAUUUUCCUGGGACUGGACCUGGGCCCAGCAAUGGCCAAUCUCCUGCCUCUUCGCCCAUAUCCCCUCCAACACAGCAGCGUUCAAGCGCCUUGUCCAAUCGCCUAACAUCCGUCCUGUCUGCUUCUUACGCCGACUCCGACAUUCGUGACGCGUUGGAAACUUUGAGCAUUCGGGGUAUUCACAAUACUGCUGAAACAAGGCGCCAGCUUCGCCUCGAUGUUCAAAAGGAAGUGGUGGAUAGCAAUGCAGAGAUCGUUCGGGAUUUCGGCAAGGUUGCGGAGCAAUUAAAACGAAUCGGAAGUGUUAUCACUACUCUUAAUCAAACAUGCGAUGAAAUGCGCAAACAUAUCGGUCUAGCCAAGCAAGAUACCACCCCGGUUUUGGAGGAAGCUACCGCGUUGAUGGCUCAGAAGAAGGACACCGAAACAAAGCAACGACUCCUUGUUGCUUUCGAGAAGCAUUUUAUGGUUCCUGAAGAAGAUCUUAUGAUCUUGAAUUCGGCUGAAGACCCAGUGGAUGACCGAUUCUUCGAUAUUCUUGCGCGUGUUAAACAAGUCCAUCACGACUGUGAGCAUCUACUCGGCGGCGAGAACCAGCGAUUGGGUCUGGAGGUGAUGGAGCUGAGCACUCGACACCUCAACUCUGCCUACCAGAAGUUAUACAAGUGGAUUCAGAAAGAGUUCCAAUCUUUGAACCUUGAGGAUCCUCAGAUCAGUGGCUCUAUUCGUCGUGCUCUGCGGGUUCUAGCGGAACGACCAAGUCUAUUCCACAGCUGCCUCGAUUUCUUCGCGGAGGCGCGUGACUAUGUUCUCGCCGAUGCGUUCCAUUACGCUCUGACAGACGCUAUGUCUAGUGCCAAUGGGCCCAGGAUUGGUGACCGCAGUGUCAAACCCAUUGAAUUUUCAGCUCACGAUCCACUCCGGUAUAUUGGUGAUAUGCUCGCGUGGGUACAUUCAACCACGGUUUCCGAGAGGGAAGCUUUGGAGGCGUUAUUCGUUGCAGAUGGGGAGGAGCUCGCGAGGGGCAUUCAGGCUGGUCUCAAUAGUGAGCCUUGGUCUCGUAUUGACGAGGACCAGGAAGUUAGCUUUGAUGGCCAUAAGGCACUCAGCGAUCUCGUUAACCGGGAUCUCACGGGUGUUUCUCGUUCACUGAGACAAAGAGUUGAGCUUGUGAUUCAAGGUCAUGAUGACCCUGUCACAUGCUACAAAGUUGUCAAUUUGCUGUCUUUCUACCGAACUACCUUUAUCAAGCUAGUUGGCCCCAAAUCUCAGCUGGUAGACUUGAUGCACAGUCUGGAGAAGUUCACCCUUGGACACUUUGAGAAUUUGAUGCGAGAGGAAGUUAGCACUGUGUCAAACGAUCAAUUGGCUCUGGCUGCCCCGCAAGAUCUAUCGCCACCAGAGUUCUUCUUGGAUGCGUUGGAGGGAUUGGUUUCGCUCAUGAAAACACACGAAGCAUCAGUCCGACCUGAUGAACCCUCCGGUAUACCUCGUGACUCGAUCACCGAAAACGAGUUCACUCCUGUUCUUCGAGCGGCGUUCGAUCCCUAUUUAGUGCUAGCCCGAUUGUCGUCUGCGGAGAUGGAUGAUGCUACAGCACAGACAAUUUACCGCACCAACAUCCUGCUGGCAGCCCGCGCGACUGUUUCUCCAUUCAACUUUGCCAGUAUCACCCACAUAACCGAACUCUCUGCGGCUUUAUCCACUCUCCGUACGAACCUACUUGACAUUCAGCAUCAAUUUCUUCUCGACAACUCGGGACUACAAAUUCUGCUGGAUGCUCUAGAGCCUUUCUCGAAAUCGGGCAAAGACUCGGACAGUGAGAAUGAAGAGAAGCCGGAGCAUAAGCUUCACCUAGCAGACCUGACUACCCUCCCUGCUUUUCAACCUGAAGCCUUGGUUACCUCCAGUCAACAACUCGAUGACUUCCUUCCCUCGGCCCUCAUGGAUGCAGCCGAUCAUCUCAAGCGUGUGCAAAGCGCCUCUCUCAUUCAGAGUAUUACUGAGGAUGCCGUAGAGGCCUUCUGUCGCGAUUUCGAAUUUGUCGAAGGCAUGAUCAUCGCCGCCGAUGAGGCCAGAGGAAUGCCCCAGGUUAGCCUGGGUACGGGUGGUAGUGUGGUUAGUGGCCGCAGCGGGAGAUCCACUCGCAAGACCAUGGGAGAAGAUGAUGAGGAAGAGAACGAGGAUCAGUGGAGUCUGCGCUCAUUAUUCCCUCGCACAACUGGGGAGAUUCGCGUCUUACUGAGUUGA